AUGUACUACUACCCUUAUAUCUCUCUGCUCUUCGCACUCGCUAGUGCACGCCUCCAACCCGAGUGGGUGCACUUUGACAGUGACGGUAUCUCCAUUGCCGCGCACCUCUACGUCCCCCCCAACAACUCUACGUGGAAUACAUCUCGGCCCGCGAUUGUUGUCGGCCAUCCACACGGCAGUGUCAAAGAACAGACUUCAGGUCUCUAUGCCCGACAGAUUGCAGAAAGAACUGGCUUCGUGACCCUCGCCUUCGAUGCGGCCUACCAAGGUGAAAGUGGCGGCUUGCCCCGAUACCUGGAGGAUCCAUACCAGCGUGCCGACGACGUCCGAAAUGCUGUGACCUACCUUUCCACCUUAUCCAUGGUCAACUCCUCCCGCAUAGGCGCUCUCGGAAUCUGCGCAUCGGGUGGAUAUGUCCCCUUUGCCGCACAGACCGAUGAGCGCAUCCGCGCCGUCGCCACGGUCAGUGGAAUCGACCUAGGAACCCUAUAUUCUGAAGGCUUCGGCAACUACGGUGGCCCUGUGCUGCCUAAUCUUCGUGACCAGCUUCUUGAAGCAGGAAGACAGCGCAUCCGGGAAGCCGAAGGUGCCCCGCCAAACCUCACGCACAUCUUCCCUCAAACUGCAGCCGAUGUCACACCGGAUCUCCCCGUUUUCUAUCAACAGUCGUACGACUACUACCAGACACCUCGCGGACACGUGGAGACCGCUCCCAAUUGGCAUCUCUGGCGCAGUAUCGAUCUGAUUGCCACGUACCGGUCCUAUGACUUCAUGAACCUGAUCUCCCCUCGUCCGCUUCUAAUGAUAGCUGGUUCGGAAGCGGAUACGCUUUAUUUCACACAAGCUGCCAUUGAGCGUGCGAGGGAGCCAAAGGAGAUGUAUGUCAUCCCUGGUCUGACUCAUAUCGAUCUCUAUGAUCAUACCAACCAGAGCACCCCGAGAUUGGUGGACUUCUUUCGUCAAAAUCUGUGA